AUGAGCAUUCCCAAGACGGUCGGCUGGCUCGCGCGCAGCAUCCCACGGGCGAGCAGGAAGACGAACCCACGAGUCCGCCAUAUCCCCCUCCCCCAGCCGUCGAGAUGCCUGCACAACCAGACGAAGAAGUCGGCGCAAGCAGCUCCCCAACCACGACAAGAGCCGGCCUUCUCUGGCUCAUCCAACCCGCAGUUGUCGUUUCCAUGCCUUGACAAUGCUGAAGACCGCACUCGCGAGCUCACAGGACGACGAUCACUGUCAGGACCAGAGCCAACGUACACGACCGGCGAGCAUCAAACCUUCCACUCUGCCGAGCCACUGCUGCUGGACUGGGGAGGCGUACUGCCCUCCUUCGACAUCGCAUGGGAAGCAUGGGGUACCUUGAACGCGGACAAGAGCAAUGCCAUCCUUCUACACACCGGGCUUUCGGCUAGCAGUCAUGCUCACAGCACAGAAGCCAACAAGAAGCCCGGCUGGUGGGAGAAGUUCAUAGGGCCGGGUGCACCAUUGGACACGAAUAAGUACUUCGUCAUCUGCACGAACGUGUUGGGCGGAUGCUACGGCUCGACUGGACCCAGCAGCAGGGACCCGAUCAGUGGCAAGAUCUAUGCGACCAGCUUUCCCAUCUUGACGCUGUCGGAUAUGGUGCGCGCUCAGUUCAGGCUGAUGGACUUCAUGGGAAUUGACAAGCUGUAUGCAAGCGUGGGCUGCAGCAUGGGAGGUAUGCAAUCGCUUGCACUGGGCAUCCUGGACACUGAGAGGGUGGGGCGGAUCGUAUCGGUAUCAGGCUGUGCCAGGAGUCACCCAUACAGCAUCGCGAUGCGUCAUACUCAGCGCCAAGUUCUCAUGAAUGACCCAGCUUGGUCUCAAACCCGCGGCAACUUCUACGAGACCAUGCCGCCCCACCAAGGCAUGAAGCUCGCUCGCCAAAUUGCUACCAUCACUUACCGGUCGGGUCCGGAAUGGGAGAAACGGUUCGGUCGGGCCCGAGCGGACCCGAGUAAACCGCCUGCGCUGUGUCCGGACUUUUUGAUCGAGACUUAUCUGGACCAUGCGGGCGAGAAGUGGUGUCUGGAGUACGAUGCCAACAGUCUUCUCUACAUCAGCAAGGCCAUGGAUCUCUUUGACCUGGGUCGGACGCUUCAAGAUGCUACUGCACAGCGGAGGCGAGACAAUGUCGGCAGACUUGGCGAUCAACUCCAGCGCCAGUCGUUGGAUGAGAUGUGCUCCCUCACGCUGCCCGAACAGCCGUACGAAGAGCAGGAGUCGAGCGCAGACAUCAUGGCUGCAGCAAGCAAGCCUGGGGGCCAACCUAUGUCUAGCGGGCCACCUCCAGAAGAUCUCGUUAAAGGUCUUGCUCCGCUCCGCGAUGUUCCGACGCUUGUGCUGGGGGUGGCAUCUGAUAUCCUGUUCCCGGCAUGGCAGCAAAGAGAGAUCGCAGAGACGUUACGCAAGGGUGGGAAUCGGAGUGUAACGCAUGUGGAGUUGGGUGAGGAUAGGUCGCUGUUUGGACAUGACACUUUCCUCUUGGAUUUGGAGGGCGUCGGUGGGGAGAUACACCAAUUCCUAGGAUGA